AUGCCUCCUCAUGCCAUCGCCAGUCCUAAGAAGAAACGAUCUGGCAAGCGCAAAGGAUCCGAUGCUUCAAAGGCCGGCUUGCCAAAGAAGUCUCGGGCUGCAGACAUUGCUGAGGUACCCAGCAUGGUACCCCUCGUGUCCCUUGGCCUGACUGGAGCAGAAGCGGAACAAAAUGCUCCCCGGCGUUCUGGUCGCCCUAAUGCGGUAACUGGAGGUAGGAAUGCACAACUGGAGAAGAUUGGAUCAGUAUUGCAAUCCAAGCCUCGGACUCAAGAACGUAAGGGUACAACGUCCCUUGGUCUCAAUGUUCCAGUCAAUCCUCAAGCCCCAGAACCGCGUCGUAGAGGUCGAAAGAAUCAUUCAAAGGCAGUUCCUCCACCCUACAGCUCACUUGUUAGGGAUGCUCCAGAUGCCCCAGCCAAGGACAUUAUCGCCACAGGGCCCAGCUUUACAUCCCAGCAACCUGGUGGAAGGUUUGGAUUUGUUGCUCCAACAGAAAUAGCUCAUUCCGGUACUGCCCAGCCCAAUAUUCAGGCAUUGCACAACCCGCAUGUCACCAUUGGGGCGAAGGACGCUGAGCAGUGCGCUCGAGACGCCAUUGCCGAGCAACAAGCUCGGGACGCCAUUGCCGAGCAACAAGCUCGAGAUGCCAUUGCCGAGCAACGAGCUUGA